GCCUACGGCACAACUCAUUUGAUUGAUUGCAUAAUUUGGCGCAUCGCAUCUCAUUUUAGACACCAAAUACUCAUAAAGCAGAAUUCCAUUGCGCACAACUUUCACACGCACCGCACUGGGCCGACUGGCACAAUGUACGAGAUCUUCUUGACAGCGUUCGUCGAGGACGCCGACUACGAUGCCGCCUGCUCAGUCGUUGGCGGUCUAUGCUCAAUGAAACCUUGGGAAUCGAUAUACAGAAUACUCUACUUCCAGGGACCAUCACGGCCGACUGGGCUGUCGAAUCAGAGCUCAAUUGAGAAGCCCAUUCGCAAGAAUGUUGCGCCGCUAUGGAAGGAACUGCACCAGAACCUAAGCCGACUUUCGUUUGUCGUGCAGGCGAAAUACGAAAUAGUAAAAGACAGGGAUAUGGGAAUUUCAGGCAAACCCAUUGAGUUCAAAACAACGCCAGGCAUUCUGCGUUGGGCAGACUUUCCGGAUCCGCCGUCCAGCAAGCCUCUGCUUACGCAGCGCAAAAUGGUAGAGCUAUGGGAACAGCGCGAUAUUCCAUCAAUUCUAUACGACAAUAAUUACACGUUCAAAGGUGAAUCCAUUGAAGAGGUCCACAGAUUUUACCGUGACGACAUUGAGUUUUCCUUUACACGACAGUAUCUUUUCAAACACGUUGCAGAAUACACGCCUCUAGAGUCUCGCCAAGGCGGCGAUCUGCAGCCGGCUCAGAGCAUUCCUGCAUGGGAUUCGCUCACACCGUUAGACAUGCAACGGCGUUGGAUUCUCAAGAUCAGCUCGCAUGUUACCCAAGACAACAAACCUGAUGAGAUUCGAGCGGCUCAGGAUAGACUAAUGUCAAUAAGGAGCGAGCUGGAGGGUAUAUUUGAUUUCAAGGUGAUCGACCGAAAGGUUCAUGAUACCAGAGUGUCUCAGCAACAACAACCCAUACCAGCUUUACUACGCAAAGUAUAAGAUGCAAUAAAUAAACAAAAGUUACAAGUAGUCCAUAGUGCAACAAACGCAUUCCAAAUAUAUAUUUACACAAACUUUAUAUGUAAUAGUCAUCUACAAACUCGAUACAUAUAACGUAUUUAUACUAUAUAUAAUAUUCUACAAAGAUUAAUAAAAAAGGUAAUUUUAAAAUAUAUAUUAAAGAAUACUUGAAAGAUUAACAAAAAU